GAGUAGCUUAGUUUCCGCGGAAAGGAAAUGACGGGGUUACGAUGCCAUGUUAGACUCCCUCAUAAAAAGGCGAAGGCAUCCCUAAACCUCUUGUCUGCACUCUUGCGCUAUCGUCUGCUUAGUUGCGCCCGUCUAGAUCGAUCGUCACCGCGUCAUUGCGUGUCUGUAUGGUAGAAUUUGGAAGGCUAAUCGUGUUUAACUGAACGCGUUUCUAACUGCCCUUGGGGCGGAUCGUUUUAGAACUUUGUCGGAGCUCGAAUUGCGGUUUUCUUGAAGAGUAUAGGUGGUUAGUGAGGAUUUAGUGGUCGAGGUAGAGUUGUGGCGGUUAGCAUAUUGAUCAGCAUCAGUACACUGCGAAAGUGGAACGUCUUGGAGCCAUGGCGACGGAACUACACCCCGUUUCGACUCUGAACCCCAAUGCGCCCCUAUUCGUACCAGCAGCGUUUCGUAUAGUGGAAGACUUCUCUAACGAGUGGUGGAGCCUGGUUCAGACGUGCCCUGACUUCCGGGAGCAGUGGGUGAGAGAGCGCUUGCCUGCAUUGGAAGAACAACAAAGGUUUGAAGCAGACUUGGAGGAGAUCGCCGAUCUUGACAACUUCCUCGAGUUGCAGGAGGAAAUGGAAGAACAGGCGGCUGCGGCAGAGUCACUGUACUUUGACGACCACGAUCGUUUGCUCGAGGAUGACCUGAGCGUAAUAAAUGUCGUCCAGAUCAUGGACGUGAAGGUGAACCAUAAGCAGCAAGCGCCAUGGAAUAGGGGUUUGAAAAAUCAUGACAAGUUUUCAUACAAGGUGCCGAACUCCGCCAAGAAAGGAGCCACAUAUCGUAUCCAGCAGCCACGUGCAGCAUCUGUAAUGUAGAGGAUUCAAAUCGAAGAGCUGGAUGUUGUAGGUCUGUUAGUUGUAUAGUUUCAGGAUGCAAAAUCGGUGGAGUGGCUUGUACAUUGAGACUUGCAAAGCCGGUCCCGUAUCGAUCGUUUGACGCAGUUUGUACAAAUUGUAUCCUCGCCCCUGCUGGAACUCGUUCGACGAUGCUUUCUGGCACUGAGCAGAAUUUUUUACACUAAAAAGGAAAAUAUAUUGAAUUUUUGUCAUUUUCCUGCAACUAUUUUGAGUAAAGCUAGCUGUAGAGAA